AUGGAGCCAGCGAAUGAGGAGACAGGUUUGGUGCCUCGGCCGGGGCCGCUCCCAGCUUCCCCUCCCCAGCCCUCAAUGAUAUCCUCCGAUCCUAACACCGCGCCAGCCGCCUCGCCUUCGACUGAGACUAGCCUGGGCGAUGGCUCACACCUGCAUCAGGCCCUAUCGCCCAAAGGACGCCCGGUCUCAGGUGUAGUUCCUCCGUACUGGAGUCACCACCGAAAUGCAUCUCGUGCAUCCCAAAUAUCUGUCGAAGGGGGGCCGGCAAUAACCCUCGAAGACCAUACAGACGACCCCGAGUCUGAAACUAGCCGGGGGUUAUGGGCUAAAAGCGUUACGAUCGAUGAUCAUGUCGUUGUUCAAGGGAAGACUGGUGUAGGGGCGUAUGUGGUAUGGAACUGCAAGAUACGAACGUUGGAGGGUGGUAGUAUUACUGUUCGCAUGAGAUACUCUGAAUUCGAUGACCUGCGACAGAAGUUGGUGUCGGCUUUUCCGUAUGCGAAGAACGCUCUACCCUCACUUCCCCCGAAAAGUGUUCUCUUCAAGUUCCGCCCUUCUUUCCUCGAGUCCCGAAGAGCAGGGCUUGAGUAUUUUCUCAACUGCGUUCUAUUAAACCCUGAGUUCUCCAGCUCCCCAAUUGUCAAGGAUUUCCUAUUCGGGAGAAUGUGUUAGCAUUCUUAAUUAACAACAGUGCAUGCGUCUUCUACAUUCUACAGCAAAGAAAUAAUCAUGUCCAUAUCGGGCCUUUCGCUCGGCUGGCGAAUUCGCUAAGUAUGGGGUAGACUCGCCCCUUACCAUUAAUAAUGACCUUACUUGAAUGAGUAAUGUAUAUUGAGAUACCAGUACAUCUUGCGAGUUGAGAGCUAUCUGCAGAUUCCGCAAGACAGCCCCCGCAUAAUUAUUUCCCCUCACAUGUCAACAUUCAUAUUUUAAAAGUCUCACCAUGAUAAUUUCAAAAACCCCUUGAUACGCAUUCACUGCAUAUGCUGGUCCCCCUGGAUCUCCCACAAAGUUGGCGGUAUAAACUCUUGCCAUACAUAGCUUACUCUCCUCAAGGACCCCGGGGGAGUUGCGGUUGCCCGGCAAACUAAACUUUUGUUC